CAAAGGACACAUGAUGCUAACCAUAUGUGAGGUGCAACAAAAGUCAAUAAAUUAUUAAAAAAACAAAGCACAAGAAAAGGGUAACCAUCUCUCUCUCUCUCUGAGUGACGGAGAAGUUAGCUUCACUCCAUUGCCACUCGGAUCGAGGAUGUUGCACGGAAAUGUUAGGGGGAUUUGUCUGAUGUGGGAAUUCUUUCUUUCUUUCUAUGUCAGAUAUUUUUAAUAGGUUAGCUAAUUCUCCAAUUGAAGCUGAGGUAUGUCAGUGGAUGCUACAAGGGUGUUGAAUAGUAGUCUGAUGUUGAAUUCAUGCAAUCAUGUGCAGAAGAACAGCCUCCAAUUUGGAAGAUAUGCUGUUUCUAUCAGCCGUAUAGCAAUAGAUUAUGAGAUUUGAGAUUUUAGCCUUUAAAGGUGGUUAAGAAAAUGGAGGAGAUACAGUCAUAUUCAGAUAACUACAGAUCAUCCUCAUCUUCAGCAAGUAGUCCAACAGGCCGAGCAACACAAGGUGCCUUCUUCUACCUGCGGAAACCGGGUACCUUAAGACAACCUAUCUCUUUUGAAGACUCGCCCGAGUGGGAUGACACAGAGAUUGAUGCACAGAUACAGGAAGUGGGUGAAUCAAUCCACAUUGCGACCACUACGGCUUCCCCAUCCUUGUCCAAGAUCAACAGCGGGUCCUUACCUUCUCCAUCAUUGCCUGAGGUUUCUUCAUCGGUCACUGCAAGGAAGAUAGCUGGGGCAUCAGUUGUGUGGAAGGACCUGACUGUGACAGUGAAAGACAAGAGGAGGUAUUCUGAUAAGGUUAUAAAGAGUUCAAAUGGGUAUGCAUUGCCGGGCACACUUACAGUUAUCAUGGGCCCUGCACGAUCUGGAAAAUCUACACUACUGAGGGCAAUUUCAGGUCGAUUGCAUGAUCCAGCCAGAAUGUACGGCGAAGUUUUCGUGAAUGGGGUGAAAUCCCAGAUGCCAUAUGGUUCCUAUGGAUAUGUUGACAGGGAAGAUGUAUUGAUUGAAUCACUUACUGUUCGAGAAAUGCUAUACUACUCAGCACUUCUACAGCUUCCUGGUUUCUUCUCUCAAAAGAAGAGUGCAGUGGAGGAAGCAAUUGCUGCUAUGUCUUUAGGGGACUAUGCUGACAAACUCAUUGGUGGGCACUGUUAUAUGAAGAGGCUUCCUAGUGGAGAGAGAAGGCGUGUCAGCAUUGCAAGAGAGCUUGUAAUGAGACCACAUGUUUUAUUUAUAGAUGAACCUCUUUACCAUCUUGACAGUGUAUCUGCACUUCUAUUGAUGGUUACAUUGAAGAAACUUGCAAGCACAGGAUGCACUCUCAUAUUUACUAUGUAUCAGAGCAGCACAGAAGUUUUUGGCCUCUUUGACAGAAUUUGUUUGCUUUCAAAUGGGAAUACGCUGUUUUUUGGAGAAACUCUGGCUUGUUUGCAGCACUUCUCCAAUGCUGGUUUCCCCUGCCCAAUCAUGCAAAGCCCUUCAGAUCACUUUUUACGUGCGAUCAAUACUGAUUUUGAUAGGAUUAUAGCAAUGUGCAAAAAUUUGCAGGAUGAUCAUGGGGACUUUUCAUCUGUGAGCAUGGAUACAGCUGUUGCAAUUCGAACACUUGAAGCUACAUAUAAAUCAUCAGCUGAUUCUGCUGCUGUUGAAUCUAUGAUUGUCAAACUUACUGAAAAGGAAGGUCCUUAUCUUAAGAGUAGAGGCAGAGCUGGUUUUGCAACAAGAACUGCAGUACUAACAUGGAGGUCACUGUUGAUUAUGUCAAGGGAAUGGAAGUACUUCUGGAUUCGGCUUCUUCUAUAUAUGCUUCUCAUGCUUUCCAUUGGUACCAUAUUUUCCAACAUCGGUCAUUCUUUAUCAUCUGUAAUGGAAAGAGUUGCAGCAAUUUUUGUCUUCGUGUCAUUUAUCUUAUUGCUAAGUGUUGCUGGAUUGCCUGCUCAUAUAAAUGAAAUCAAGAUGUAUUCUCAUGAGGAAUCAAACCAGCACUCUGGAGCAAUUGUUUUCCUACUUGGGCACCUCUUUGCCAGCAUCCCCUUUCUGUUCCUCAUUUCUAUAUCUUCAACUCUGGUCUUCUAUUUCCUUGUUGGGCUGAGGGGUGAAUUUAGCUUGUUGAUGUAUUUUGUUCUGAACAUUUUCAUGUGCCUAUUAGCAAAUGAAGCACUUAUGAUGUUUGUUGCUUACAUUUGGCUUGAAACUUUCGAGUGCACUUUGACACUGGUUUUUCUCCAUGUGAUAAUGAUGCUAGUAGGAGGUUAUUUUAGGAUCCGAGAUGCUCUUCCAGGACCAGUUUGGAUGUAUCCAUUAUCCUACAUUGCAUUCCACACUUACGCUAUCCAGGGCCUUCUCGAAAAUGAGUAUGUUGGGACUUCAUUUGCAGUUGGUCAGGUGAGGGCCAUUUCUGGCGUACAGGCUGUUCGUGGUUCUUACAGCAUUUCAUCUUCCCGAAAUGCAAAGUGGACAAAUUUACUGGUGUUGUUUCUGAUGGCAGUUGGAUACCGUGUUCUGUUGUUUGCUUUGCUUCACUUUAGUGUAAGAAAAAACAUUGCCGCCUCUAAAUUCUGCUGGCCUAGAAUGUUUACAAGAAAGUCCAGGUGAAUCUUAAUUAUGCGUACCAUUUGUGCUCAUUAGCUUUUGAAAAUGGUUCUUUUGUAGAUGUAAAAUUUUGAGCUGGAAAUAUGGAAAUAAUUUUAUAGUUAUACAAGUCAAUUUUUAUUGUUUCUCA